AAGCAACUCGCAACCCACAAACAGCCAAGCAGCAGAAGCGUAGAGCCAUCAGCCACACCAAAUCGCCAGGUUGCCGACCGUCAUGCUCUUCCCUCCGUUCGGCGUCCGCAGUCCGCCGUCUGAAGGGAAUAUCAAUUGGGAAUUUCCCCCGAAUUAAAGCACGGAUAAGUUCAGUCUAUGUUUUGCUGUCAGAUCAACCAGGGUGAGAGAGUAAGUUCAGCGUAAACACUUGGUGAACGAUCAUGGGCAGCAACCAGAAUGCAAUGAGUGCAGCACAUGUGUCAACCUCAAAAUUUACACAUUUUAAAAUAUGAAAGUAAAAGUAAACAUACAAAGAUUUAAAAUUAUUAAACAAAAAAAAUUGUAUCUAGAAUUCUCAAUUCUAGAAUACGACUAUACAAACCCCAAAUCGGUAGGAAUACGGAGGUUGGAACCAGUGUGUUGAGGAGCUUCUCCGAUCCCAUCGUUACAUUUCUCCUUAGCCCCUUAGCAUCGCGUAGGGUUUUGUCUCCCUAGUGGCUUUGCCGUCGCGUAGGGUUUCCUUCCGCCGUUUGUUUGUGCAGCUCUUCUUCUCUAGAUUUCUAGGGUGCUUUUAAAGGAAGCAUGAGUGCGGUUGCAGCUUUUGGAAUCAACUCCAAGGUUCAAGAAACGAUAAGUAUGUCUUCUAUGAAUGAUUUAGAGAAGUGUUGUCUCAUUCUUGCAAUUGAGGAGGAGGUCAAAGGGUUAGUUUCUGGCGAAUCAACAUGGAUAGAGCGCGGUGGUGGUAGUGGAGGCGGAAUGGGCUACGAGAAGAUGGAGAGAGGUGAAGGGCUGAGCAAGGUAGAAGACAUAUCGGCGGUCCGUCAACCUCCUGAACCGCCGCCUUGGAGCGAUCGAGGUGCUAGGGUUUGGAAGAUUUAUCAGUUAUUUAAUUUUUUAUGGUUUUCUUUUGCGUUAUGUUUUAUGUUUUUCUGUUUUUUGCUGAUGUCUUUAGUUUUAGGUUUACAAUUAUAAUUGACAAUUCUGCUAGAUAAUAUGUCAUUAAAAGGAUCUAUAUGAUCAGUGAUUGCUGUGUCACACCCGCUUGAUGGUUAGCGAUUCGUAUUGUUCUUUCAGGGGUGUUUGUCUCUAAGUUUAGCCGUAAGGUUGAUCUUGCUAGUUGGUUAUGAAUAGUUAUUGUAAGGGUUGGUCUUUUUGAGUUUGUUGUAACGAUCCGAU